AAUUCGGGAACGAUACUCUGUUUCUUCUAAAUGGUUGUUUGCUAAACAUUUAAGUGCAUACUUUCUACCGAAAAACUAAAGUUUAUAAACAAUUAUUCUCUGCUUUAUCCCAUAUGGAAAAAGGUGAGAAGGUUAAGAUAAUCAGACCACUCUACCAAAGUUUGAAACUUUAUUGAGCACAUUUUUUCACUUCAUCACUCCCAUUAUAUGCAGGUCUUGCAAGGUGCCUAAUCAGGAGUUCCAUUGGAGUUUCAGAGUUCAAGGUUAUUUAUGUAAUAGUGUAUGCGGACCACAACUGAAAACUCAAUGAAGCUCCAGUUAUUAUCAGCGACUGCUUUCAUCCUCCUACUGCACAAACUUUACAUCACAACUGCUGAUCUGAGCUCUGAUGCUCAAUCUCUCCUUAGUUUUGCUUCUGCCGUGCCACAUCUUAGAAACUUUAACUGGAAUUCUACUGAUUCUAUUUGCACUUCUUGGGUUGGCGUCAAAUGUAAUGAUGAGAAAACUCGUGUUAUCGCCAUCCAUCUCCCAGGAGUUGGACUUUAUGGUCAAAUCCCUCCCAAUACUAUUGGAAAACUAGAUGCUCUAAGAAUUCUUAGUUUGAGAUCCAAUUUUCUAAGUGGGAAUCUUCCUUCUGAUAUACCAUCUAUUCCUUCUCUUCAGUCUCUUUACCUUCAACACAAUAACUUCUCUGGUGAAAUUCCUCUUUUAUCCCCUCAAAUGACUGUAUUAGACCUCUCUUUCAACUCAUUCUUGGGUAAAAUUCCAGAAACAUUAAAGAAUUUGACCCGACUCACUUCAUUGAACCUCCAGUUCAAUUCAUUUUCAGGAAAUAUUCCAGACCUGAACCAUACUAGACUUCGGGUUCUGAAUGUUAGCAACAACGUACUAAAUGGGUCUAUUCCAGCUUCCCUCCAGAAAUUUCCGGUUUCAUCAUUCGAAGGAAAUUCUUUCUUAUGUGGGCCACCUUUGGCUCAAUGUUCACCUUUGACCACUCCUAGUGAUCUCCCCUCAAUGCCCAUGCCCUCGAAGAAACAUAAGAAACUAAGUACUGUUGCUAUAGUGGGCAUUGUUAUAGGAGGCUUCUUGCUACUCCUUUUACUUGUGCUAUUACUGUUCUGCUGUUUAAAGAAGAAAAAUGAAGAUUCUGUUGGUGAGUUAAAGGUCCAAGCUGUCACUCCUGGGAAAAAUGAGAAAUCUGAUGACUUUGGAAGUGGGGUACAAGCAGCCGAGAAAAACAAGUUGGUUUUCUUUGAGGGAAGUGCUUAUAACUUCGAUCUUGAAGAUUUGUUGAGGGCAUCGGCUGAAGUUCUUGGAAAAGGUAGCUAUGGAACCGCUUAUAAGGCUAUAUUGGAUGAGGAAACGACAGUGGUGGUGAAACGGAUACGGGAAGUUGGGGUUCCUAAGAAAGAAUUUGAACAGCAUAUGGAAUUGGUAGGGAAGCUUGGAAGGCACCCGAACAUUGUGCCGUUGUGCGCUUACUAUUAUUCUAAGGAUGAAAAGCUUCUUGUUUCUGAGUACAUGCACACUGGAAGCCUCUCAUCACUACUACAUGGUAACAGAGGCAUAGGAAGAACUCCAUUAGAUUGGGAUUCUAGAGUGAAGAUAUCACUUGAAGCUGCAAAAGGAAUUGCUCACAUACACUCAGAAGGAGGUGCAAGAUUCACCCAUGGUAACAUCAAAUCUUCAAACAUCCUUCUCACCCGAGACCUUGAGGGUUGUGUAUCCGAUCUGGGCUUAGCCCCACUGAUGACCUUCCUCCCUACAAAAUCCCGGUGCAUAGGAUAUAAUGCACCCGAGGUGAUUGAAACCAGAAAGUUCACUCAUAAAUCAGAUGUUUACAGCUUUGGGGUCCUACUUCUCGAGAUCCUAACAGGCAAAGCCCCUCUCCCAGCAUCGGGUCAAGACGAGGUGGGUGACCUUCCCAGAUGGGUCCGGUCUGUGGUCCGUGAAGAAUGGACUGCGGAGGUGUUUGAUGUGGAACUAAUGAAGCAACAACAUGUUGAAGAAGAGAUGGUUCAGUUGCUUCAAAUUGGGCUUAUGUGUGUAACCAGGGUUCCUGAUACGAGACCAUCAAUGGAGGAAGUUGUUAAGCUGAUCAUGGAUUUACGACCGUCGGAUUCCUCUGAUUAUAGGCCUUCUUCUGACGAUAACAGGUCUAAUGUGGUCACUCCAUGAUUGUUCAGUUCAAGUUUAAGUGGUUUGAGGGAAGAGUUCAAGAAAACAUGCAUUGGAUUGCAUUUGCAUCAUCUUAUAAAGACACUACUAAAAGCAUCAAUAUGCAAAUGCUCUUUGUUAUUACUAGUACUAGAAUUUUGUGUUUUGAUUUAUUGGGGUUGUUUUACAAUAUUUAUAGUUAGUCAAUUACUACCGGCAUGAGCUCGCUCUUGUUUAUCUCAUCUGUGCUUUCAUAAACGUGCAAACAAAGGUUAUUCAGGUUACUCGGAAAAGGCUUAGUACUGAAAUCUUGUUUUCGAUUAGCUAGCUCUUUCGUAUCUCAUAUGUGCUUCCAAUAAAUGCGUAAACAGAGCUUAUUCAAAUCACCACGGGGAAAGCGGGAUCUUUUCUUUUGACUCUGAUAUAUGCGACCUAAUCGAGGUAUCUUGUGGCUGUUUCCGAAACAUUUUUUGCCAUCUUGAAGAUUGCACCCAGUGGAGUUCGAAUUUAGAAUCUUUUGUAAAAUAGUCCAUAAUGGUAACGAAUAUUGAAAUUUUGCUAUGAAUAGUAGUAAAAAUAUGUGAUUACUUACCAUA